AUGCCGCCGCCUGGCUCACCACUGUCGCCCAAGAUGCAGAGUCUCGGCAUCCCGUCGUCGUCUCGACGGGUACGACCCGUCCCUCACGGCCGCCAACCCUCCUCCGGCACCGCUGCAGCACUCAGGUUGCCAUCAUUACCUCGUUUCCAUCCGGCCAACUUCGCCUCUUCCCAGAACUCGAGUGCCGCAGCUACACCGGCCACAGGACCCAACAGCCCACAGCCACCGCUGUCUCCACGCACCUACCACAGGCAAUAUUACGAGGCCCAACACCAGAUGUACCUCUACAGCCCCGGCCAGCCGACGCGCGCACCCACUACCAGACCGACGAGCCCUCGCCUCAUGCCUCUGAACGGUAGCCCAGGACCCGUAACGCCGCUGGAACUGGAAGGCACCGACGGGUACCUGACUGCAGGUAUCUCUACCAGCGACGCUGCCUCGCACGUCGACACGCUCAUAAAGGAGGAAGCGCUGCGCCGUGGUGAUGCCUCGCCGGGAAGGUCAACCACCGCCGGCGGGAGAUGA